AUGCGUUACGUCCCGACCAACAAGAUCAACUCGUUCAUCGACGCGAAGACGCGGUUCAUCGACAAGCUCGACCACGCGAACAUCGAGAAGAACAAGCAGCACCACAUCGAGGCACCGAAACCGGUGCCGGACUUCCAGUCGCUGAUCUCGUCCGUCAUCACGCCGAAGGUGCAGUUUAUCACGUCGAAGAUUGGCUCGCUGAGCGGCAGCUUCCUGGGCGGCUCGUCCGGCGGCGGCGGCGGGCACGGCAACGGCGACGGUGACGACGGGCACGGCAACGGCGGCGGCGGCUCGGGCGCCCCGCAGCUCGGAAACAUCGUGUCGUCGCUGCUGAAACUGUCCGGCCCGAUCCUGUCCGGAUCGUCCGGCUCGCAGCACGGCGGCUCGAACACGGUUUCGCUCGGCGACCACGACGAUGACGACGAGUAGACGGUGGCUAAGGGGCAAGAAACACCCACGCACACACGCACACACACACACACGAUCAUCAUCCUCAUCCCGUAGCACACACACACACACAGACACAGAGAUAGGCCCAUCAUCGGAAGUGGCUAGUGGCUGUUAUUUAUGAUGCGACCAGCCUGUUCAAGACGAGAGAGAGACAGGGAGAGAUAGAGAUGGAUAGAGAGAAAGAGUGAGAGAGAGAGAGCACACUAACUAUACGUGUAACGCGCGGGGAAUACAGCGAGGCUACAACAGGACCUCGAGCCCCGUUUAAAAUCGGACUCAGUUCCCCGGGACUGUUCAGCGGUCAAAGCGGCCGCCGGGAACACUCAGCUCAUUUGCGGGGUUCGCUUUGGGUUUUUUAUGAAUAUAAUUUUCCAAUUUCCGUACUCCUCAUUUUCCGAUUUCGCUUCGAGCCUUCGAGCUCAGUGGCUCAGUCGCUUUUGGCCGCUUUUGGUCGAUGUUGUUGUUGUACCGCGGAAAACGAGCUGACGGAGGAGCAGGCUUUACACACACACACACACACACACGCGCGCAUACACAUCAUCCAGUAUAUCUGACUCCUCUGGAGGUCCUUGUUACAUUGUGGCCACUCAAUUGGGGUUUCUCACUACUCCAAGCCAAGUCAAGGUCAAGUCAAGGUCACUUUUUGGACCUUUUGCUACAUUCCGGUUGCCCGGUUUGUUUGUUGUCCUUCAGUUGUCCAGUUGUCAUACCGUUAGCCCUCUUGCCCUCUUGUUUUAAAUCGAUCGAUCGGUAGCCUUUUUUUGGCGUAUGACAACACAACACUCUCACUCCUUGGACACAAACGCCCUGUUGUUUUCUGUUACUUUUUCUUUCUUUUUGUUCUAAUUAUGCGACCGGGGGAGAGCAGUCGGUAGCAGUAGUAGUGGUAGUAGUAGGAAAGGCCGGAAAAUGGGGCAAAACUUAUGGAUGAAGGGGCGAAGAAGGGGGGGUGGGGGGAGGGAGCUCGAGUUAAACAAACAUUAUGAGAGACAAGAAAACGCAUUAUACACACACCAACACACACACACCAAAACAGAUAUGACCAAGGCAAAUAGAACAAAUUAUGAUAAUUUAACUAAACAAGAAUGAGAAAAUUAAAAACAAAGACACACACACACUCACGCAUACACACACAUUCUAAAACAUAACUUCGAUUCUCGUAAUGAAAUGUAAAUAAUGGAAAAAAUAAAUGAAAGAUUAAUGU